CGGCGGCGCGGCGCUGCCGACGGUCUCCAGGAGGGAGUGAGGAGGAGGAGGAGGAGAAUCCAGACAGGUCUGAAACGCUAGGAACAUGAGUAUUCUUCUCAUUGAAGCUUUCUAUGGUGGUUCUCACAAGCAGCUGGUGGAUCUUCUUAAGGAGGAGAUGGAAGAGUGUGUCCUCUGCGCCCUCCCUGCCAAGAAGUGGCCAUGGAAGGCACGGACUGCUGCCAUCUCUUUCAUGCAAAUGGUACCCCAUAACGCUAAUUACAGGUGUUAAGUGGCAAUACGCUCCGGCAUAUCCUCCAGUGCCCUGCGUGAGUCCAUUAGCCACGGUCCUGUUCGCGAGCUCCGUGCUUAACCUGGCUGAACUCGUGGCCCUGCGGCCUGACCUUGGCAAAUUGAAAAAGGUCCUCUACUUCCACGAGAACCAACUGGUGUAUCCCGUCCAGAAAUGCCAGGAAAGGGACUUUCAGUACGGCUACAACCAGAUCCUUUCCUGUUUGGUUGCUGAUGUUGUUGUGUUCAACUCUACUUUUAAUAUGGAAUCAUUUCUUACAUCUAUUGGAAAAUUUAUGAAGCUGAUUCCUGACCACAGACCUAAGGAUUUGGAAAAAAUAAUCAGACCAAAGUGCCAAGUUCUUUAUUUUCCAGUCAAAUUUCCUGAUGUGAGCAGGUUCAUGCCAAAACAUAAGCUUGCCCAUUUGGAAAAGAUAAUUGGUGUUAAAAGGACUGGAGAUGCUUAUCAGCGCGAGGGUCUGCCUACCCAGCAGCAGAGCGGAGCGCCGGGCAGCUUAACGAAAACCAGCAGCGUGCGUCUGGAGCCUGGACUUUGUGAAGGGCAGCCCGGACUCCCUGCCACCCAACCAGAGAGGCCUCCUUCCCCAUUAGCAACGCCGGAGGCGUCCAGCAAGGCCGGCGCAUCAGAGCGUACAAAUCCUUGUCAAGAAGGAGAUAAGCAACAUCUGACUUUUAACCCCUGUAAUAUCUUGAGUGGAGCAGACUAUCAGCAGAGACCUUUGCAUGUUGUCUGGCCUCACAGGUGGGAACACGAUAAAGAUCCUGAAACUUUCUUUAAAGUACUGCUGCAACUUAAAGAGAAAGAACUGCCUUUUCAUGUCUCUGUCCUGGGAGAGUCUUUCAGUGAAAUUCCAGAUAUAUUUUCAGAGGCCAAAAAAGCAUUGGGAUCUUCUGUCUUGCACUGGGGCUACUUACCCAGCCGAGAUGACUAUUUCCGAGCUCUGUGCAUGGCUGACGUUGUCAUCUCGACAGCGAAGCACGAAUUCUUCGGAGUGGCAAUGGUGGAAGCUGUGUACUGCGGCUGUUAUCCGCUGUGUCCCAAAGCCUUGGUGUACCCAGAGAUAUUUCCAGCUGAAUAUCUGUAUUCUACACCUGAACAGCUUUUUAAAAGGCUUCAGAAUUUCUGCAAGAGACCAGAUAUUGUAAGGAAACAUCUCUAUAAGGGCGCCACGGCCGGCUUCUCCUGGGCAGCGCUGCGUGGUAAAUUCAGGGCUCUGCUCGCCGCGGAAGCGAGGGAAGAUUUGCGACAGAUGGGGCUAAGUCACAAACUUGCAGCCUAAGGCAGAAUCGCAGAACUUUCCAGAGUGUGCCCAUAUUUACCUGAUCAGAGAGCAAAGAAAAUCUGCAGAGGAAGCCGAGCCUGGCUGCUUGUCAUAGCUGACACGGAGCCAUCUGCCACAAACCUGUGGCGGCUUCAGAUCUCCAAUCCCUGCCACCACCCCGGCUCAAAUUAAAUACAGAUUCGUGGAGACGUUGUGAUGGUUACACAUGUCCUCGGCAUCACAUGCAGGAGCCUGUUCAAAAAAAAAAAAAAAAAAAGAAUGAAAGAAAGAAAGAAAAAAGAAAAAAAAAUGUGGCCUGUUGUAUAACCGCACUCAUGUAUCCCAUAUGUGGUGCCACAUUGAAUUUCCGGUGGAAUCUGUUUUUCUCCUUUGUACUGGAUGACAUGGUGCCUGAGUGCUUUCUUUUCGCCGGCGCGAUGGCAGCCAAGCCGCGGCUUCAAACGCGGGCGCUUGGCUGCUUUUCCACCUGGGUUGCCAGGUUGUCGUUGGAGCCGGCCCGGGUCCUCCGAGGGCCACCGGGCCCGGGAGGAGGUGCCGGGGACGACCCGGCUCCCCGGCAGCCGCCGCCGCAUCGCCCCGUGCUUCCCCCCCUCUCCUUCUCCUUUUUCUAUAUUUUUUUUUUUUUUUGCAAAUUAAUGGCUCGCUGGCACCAGGGGUUUUUUAAGUGAAGGUAUUAAUAAGGGGUCUGGCAGGUAAUCCCAUGAUUCACCGAGUUACAUUUGCAUUUAAUUAAUCUUAAAGAAAGCUGAAAGAUAAACAGCUGUAAUUCAAACUAGCAUGGGAAAUAUGCUACGUGGUGCCAUCUAUCCGAUAAAAUGAAAGCUGAGACACUUGUUUUAUUUCUCUCAAGGAUGGAGAACAAACAGAUAACGGUCAAAAUACUUCCAAUCAAAACCAGUAGCUGCAGUUCAUCAAGGAUCUUUGCAUCCCGUUACAAAUACAGCCUUUUAAAGAUAAAUCACUUACGAUUCCAGCAGUCAAGCUGCUAUAUUUGUUGAUGUAAAAUGUUUUGAAGAUGGAGAUUGUACAAUAAAUUUUUAAUAAAGUGCCCACUGCAAUUUUUAA